AUGUGUUUGUGGUUACAGCGUUUUGCCCGUUUCGUCGCUCUCAAUAUUUGCAGUUUCUGUGUAACAGUACAGGAAAGAAAAGGUACCAAAAAAAAAGUUAAACCGGUCUGACAAGGCGCCCGAAACCUCUUGAGGUUGGUUAUGUCCCCCAAAUAGUUUUCUAGCGCGUAGGCGCGUAGCUUGAAGACACGUAAAUUAGGUGUAUUUGUCGUUCUAAAAACUUUAAAAAGAAAUAAACGUGGAGAGGCAGCAACUCGCCCCACAGGGCAACGGCUCAAAAGUAAUUUUCGGGUGAGAUAACCUUGUUAAUGUGUAGGUCAGGUACAAGAUUGGACUUUGAUCGAAGAUGUUAUAAUUCACAUCGGUCAAUGAAAACGCAGACUGCGGACUAUUGUUUUCACCAUGCAAAUGAGAACAUGACAACAUUGUUUUCUAACCCUAAAAACAAUAGUCCGCAGUCAGUCUGCAGUCUGCAUUUUACAUUGCCCUUAAUUCCCAUCAACCUGUACAGAGAAAAUAGAGGGUCUGUGAACAGGCUACGUGUGGAUCAAUUAUUGUGAGCAGCCACCUUCUGUAAACUACCACUAAGUCAUCGCAUUUUUGGUGGUUACUUAUGGGAGGUUCGACUGUUUUUUUUUCAAGGUUGCUUGAUUCAAGUAGGGUUUUUUUGGGGUGGUGAACCCUGAUAGUGUACAUACCAGGGGCAUAGCCAGGAUGUUUCCAGAUGCAGAGUUUUCCAAAUUGUGCUUCAUGUUGUUUCAUGUCACCCUGCAGUUAUUCCUUUGAGCAUAACUUUUUUUGACUGCACGGUGCAGUUAAAUGCAUGAUCUAUGACUGGCUUUAGUAAUACACCUAUUUCAAUAAAGGUUGCUUUGAGAAACAUGCUUUGGUCUUUGAAUUAAGCCAUUGUUUGGUGGUCACUCAAGCAAAGCAUUGCAUUGUAUUCUGCGUUUCAAUGACUAAAUCCCAAAGCAACCUUUAUUGACAAUAUAGGUGUAUGCCAUUGUUCCUUAUUGGCUAAAUGGGCAACCCUAUUGUGUUACAGCAAAGCUGAUGUGGUUUGGCUAUUUCCUCAAUGUAGAGUGGUUAUGUGAAAAUUCAUGCUUUUUUUGCUUUGUACAGGGGUUUAUGCUUGUUCUGUUUUGCUGUACAUGUGCAAUAUAAGUACAAAACUGCCCAAAAAUGUUUAAAUUUUCGGAUCUUGUUUACUGUGGGUAAUGUCGACCGAGAUAUCGGUCGACAUAGCGGUCAAUAUAGCGGUCGAUAGUCGGUCGAUAGUCGGUCGACAGUCGGUCGAUAGUCGGUCGACAGUCGGUCGAUAGUCGGUCGAUAGUCGGUCGAUGGUCGGUCGAUAGUCGGUCGAUGGUCGGUCGAUAGUUGGUCGAUAGUCGGUCGAUAGUGAGAUAGACUAUUGGCCGAGUAUCGGUCGAUAUUUCGACGACGCACCUCGACUUGCUAUCGGUCAUAUGUCGGUGAUAUAUCGGUCAACUGUCAGUGGUAUAUCAGUCAACUGUCGGUGGUAUAUCGGUGAACUGUCGGUGGUAUAUCGGUCAACUGUCGGUGGUAUAUUGGUUAACUGUCGUUCGAAUAUCAGUCGUGUGUUAAUUUAUCAGGUGAGUCCAAUGGCUUUUUUUUUAAGCAAAGACGUCAUUAAUUACUGUUCAUGACAUGCUUCAAUAGCGAGGAAUACACAUCUUUUAUUAUCGGGCUUUGACCUGCUUCAUUACGCCAAGUUCUCGCUUGUGCAGAGACCACAAAUUAAACUUAUAUAUUUCUGUAUUGAAGACGGAAACAGCCCUUUGUUUAACGAUCAGUUAUUGAUAAAACGCGCUGAUAAUGUGCCGAGGAAGGUGACAAAAAUAUCCAGCAGGCUGAACACAUUCAUUUAUUGUGGGAUACGCUACGUUCUCAUUACAUUAUCCUGUCCUUUUGCUCUGUCCUUUCGCUUUAUAUUUAUAUUUUGUUCAAAAUAGAGACGACCAUGCGUAUACAGAAAUUAAUAUUGAAUGGUAAGUCACUUUUGGUCAUCCACGAAAAGGAAAACAGUAUGCGCCGCGUUAACAUUAAUAUUAUCUUAACUUGUUAAGGAAAAACAAGUUUAAAAAAAUGAACUGUAAAUACAUUUUUUCAUCAAUGUAGUUCUGAGUCGGUUGAAAAAUUCUCGGCAUAGGAAAAAUCAGCCAGAUAUAGGCCUUACACGGUGGGAAUAAAUCACAUAACAAGAAGCUGAAGGCCUAUCAUUCUCACUUAGCGGACUUCUUCAUGAUUCAAUUCUAGCCGGCUACGCGUAGCGAGACUCCCACCCCUGAAAAAAAAAAAGAGGGGAGGAAACGUCUGCGAAAAGGUGGUGGGCAUCGAUACAGAUAGGCUAAAUCCCGUUCACAUGAAUUAAAAGAAAAGGCUAGAUAAAUGACUAAUAGCUAUUAAUCCGGAAUUUUGGCUAAGUACAUUGAAGUUUGAAAUUAAAAAAGCAGAAACACAAUUUAAAAAAACAGUUAGGUCCAAGCUAGAAAAUGCUUUCUAAUUCCUUGUUUUCCAAGCUAAAAAACGUAGGAAAUGCUAAGUGUCGACCGACCAUCGACGGAGUGUCGACCAAUUACUGACCGAUACAUCGGUCAAGUAUUGACCAACUAUCGACCAACUAUCGGCGAAGUGUCGACGAAAUGUCGGUGUAAUGUCGGCGAAGUGUCGGCGACAAGUCGGCGAAGUGUCGGUGAACGAAAAGCUAUAUCGGCCGAGACACAUCUGGAACAACUAUCGACCGUGUCUCGACUGAGUGUCGACCCACUAUCGACCGACUAUCGACUGACUAUCGACCGCUAUAUCGACCGACUGUCGACCGAGCGUUGACCGAGUAUCGACCGAGUAUCGACCGACUAUCGACCGAGUGUCGACCGCUAUAUCGACCGAUAUCUCGGUCGACAUUACCCACAGUAAACAAGAUCCAAAUUUUCUUUACUUAGUGUAAGAGUUUCCUGUAAAUCUAGACUGUAAAACAGCCAGCAGUCUACCCAGGGAGCAGAGGCUACAUUUUUGCUGUGUGAACUGGCGUGCAAAAAGUAGCCUCUGCCGACAACCGUUCAAAUCCGUCCAGAAAUCUGGAUGAAUAAAUUUAAAUCAUGGGCGUUUUCCUGUUCUUGACCAGUUUAAAGCGUUGCAUGAGUCUUGCUUAGGAGGUCAGAGUUGUCACAAUUUUUUUUAUUCCCGCGAAACUCGCGUCAUUUGACGACGGACCUGACAAUUAAUUUCGCUUGCGGAUUGCAUGAUGAAUUUCACACAUACAUGAUAGAAAAUUGAACAGUUGUCAGUAGAGGCUACUUUUCGCAUGCCAGCUCACACAGCAAAAAUGUAGCCACUGCUCGCGGUUACCAGCAGUCUCACUCUCCAUUUUCAGCCUCACUCCAGACCUUUCCUUCGACCACUUGCGCAUGUGUUCUUAACCUAGGCAAAAAAUAGGCUGUUUUGCAGUCUAUUGUAUUAAUCUAGAUCUCACAUUUUUAAAUUUGAAUUACCGAUCCUUUAUGACUAGAAGUUUACAUUAAUAAUUUUGUAUUCAUAGCAUCUUUUAUUCUCUUUAUAUUAAAUAGUUGUCAUGGCAACUGUCAUGGAUCCUACUCUAGCAUCCUCACCGUCAAUGACAUGUGAGUCAGAUUGGAGGGGACUGAAGGUCAAUUUGUUUGCUUUUGAUUUUGAUGGCACAUGUACUCAAAAGGACACCACAAGUCUACUGUACAAGGCAACAGACAAGUACCUCACUUCCACAGAAGUGGAAAGGAAACAACUUGAUGCUCUCUGGAGUGAAUUAGGGAAAAGAUACUGGAGUGGGCAUCAAGAUGUUGUCUCAAGGUCACUUUCUGUAAAUGAUUCUCCGAGUUUCUCUGCAUUUAAUGAAAAAGAACUGAGGUCAUUUCUGCAAAAGGUGUAUGACUAUGACUUGACAAUGAUGAAGGAAAUCGAGGGAAGUAAGAUUCUACAAGGAAUUUCCAAAGAGAGUAUCAAGGAAGCUGCACAGGAAGUAAAACUUAAUCCUGGCUGCUUGAAUGUUCUUAACCAUGUCAACUUGCCUCUGUAUCUCAUUUCUGUCAACUGGUGUCAAGAUCUGAUUCAUGCCAAGCUGGGCCACCUUAAACAUUUAAAUAUCUUUGGAAAUAACCUUCCUCUUGAAGGCGAACUUUCAUCAGGCCAUUUAGGCAAGACUCUUACAAGUGCUUUUGACAAAGAGAGAAUUUUUGAGGACUUGAUUGGAAACACAACUGAAAGAUCUGAUGGAGUUUCAGUGUUUGUUGGAGAUUCAAUAACUGAUUUGCUUGCUUUGCUGAAGUCAGAUGUCGGUAUACUGAUCGGAAAGAGUCAAACUUUCAGGAAAGUAGCCAAGUCGUUUGGAAUAAAGCUUCUUCCCUUGCAGGACAUACAAGCGAUGAAAGGUGGUGAUUGUCAUGAGAAUGCAAAUCCAAAACAGAAGGGAGUACUGUUUGAGGCACCAUCAUGGAAUGAGAUUGGUUUUAUCUUGUUUGGAACAAAAUACAGUCCUAAUAAGUUCUAGAAAAAUGCCAUUAAAAUAAUUCCCAUCCAAUUAUAAUAAUAUUUACAAAUGUAGAAAGUUGGGGUGUAAGGAAGAUAUUUGAAUAGAUGGAUUGAAAAUUCUUUCACUCCAAAGGUUUCAUAAUCUGAUUCUCAGACAGGUUUAUGACAUUUGUCUCCAUUCUGCACUUAAAGGGACCUCAGAUAAUCAGAGAAUCAGGCAUAACGGGAAAAAAGAAAACAGAACAAAAAGUAACCACAAAAAAGGAAUUCUGUAAAGGUUUUAUUGAAUUGAUUAGACAGCAGAAUUCAUUUAGAGACUUAAUAAUUACAUUAUUGUAGAACUGGAUUGAAAGUCCCUAUACAUGACUUUGAGAGUAAAGGGGUUAAAAUAUGAAAACAAAUUUUACUAUGAUUUAACACAAACACUGUAGGAGAAAAAAGCUACUGUUGGAAAGCAUUACCACAUUAUGAUAAUGUGGAGGUGACAAAAAAAUGUGUAAAGAUGGGUAAAAGGAUUCCCAGAGUGAAAUGGAACAUUUUACACCAUUGCUUAAAGACAGCCCAAGACAAAGAGAUGAUACCACAUACAGUGGAACCCCGCCUUACGACCAUCCCAUAUAUAAGACCACCUCGUUAUUACGGCAAUAUUCUUUCAAACCAAGCGUAAAAACCAUUGAGUCAUUUUAUUAUUUUGAAGACGCCAUUAAUGCGACCACCUCAUUAUUACAACCAGGAUUUUAUGGCCCAACGGUGGUCGCAUUAACGGGGUUCCACUGUACCAUGUAUGUAUUAACCAGUUAGUGUCUACCCUGCAAGAAGAGGCCCAUUGGUCUUCUUAGAUAAGUUCAUUUCAUUAUAAAAAUCACCUGAGGUACUUACCAUUUCCAUUGUAAAACCAUAAAAAUUCUGGUUUGAAAAUCAAAUGGUUCAUGCCAUUCCAUUUGGGGAGCUUUGGAAAAUAUGGGCUUUGAUUUGAGGGGACGCAAUUUUCCUACUCGUUUGAAUUUGACCAACUGAUUGGAUACACUUUGUAGUGGGUGGUUCUCCCACCAUGUCAAUUUUUAAAGUGUUAUGUUUCUAUGCACAACAUUUGUGUCGUGUUUGAAUUUUAUCCUUGGUUUGUGUGAAUGGUAAGCUCUCCUGGAUAAAACUAGAAUCACUCUGUGGUUUUUGUCAGAAAUA